AUGUCCCGUCCCUUUCCGUACGCCUACAUCUCGUGUCCCUGCGCCGACACGCCUGUCCCAGACCCUGCGCGCAAACGAAGAUCAAGGGAGUCACCCCACAAGUCCAACCCGGAGCAACCACUCCCCGAGCUUGCAGACGAGACCGACGAGGAGAAGACGUUCGACCCGCGGUCUCCCCGGUCGAAUUUCUCGCUAUAUCCACCCGAACAGCUUCUCUACUGCGAGGACUGCCACCAGAUAAAGUGUCCGCGAUGCAUCACAGAGGAGAUCGUGUGCUGGUAUUGUCCCAGCUGUCUGUUCGAGACACCUAGUAGCAUGGUGCGGAGUGAAGGGAAUCGAUGCGCGAGGAACUGCUUCAAUUGCCCAGUCUGCACGGCGCCACUGGCCGUCACCACCUUGGAAAAUGUCACGGGAGGGGGGAGCCAACAAGGCCCCUGGGUGUUGUCCUGCGGGUACUGUAUGUGGACGACACUCGAUAUCGGGAUCAAAUUCGACAAGCCCACCAACAUUCGCACCCAGCUCGCCAAGCUGACCGACCCGUCGCGCGGCCGCCAGAUGUCCAAGACGUUCGGCGAGCUCAAGUCCCCUCUCUCGAUGUACGCGUCCAUCGACGAGCAAUUCGCCUCCGCCGCCACAGAGAGCAAGCCCGACGAAUCUCACGAACAGGCGCCUGAACUCCUCGGUCCCGAGGCGCGAUUUGCCGCUCUCAAAACCUUCUACAAAAACCAAAUCGCCGAGACGUCCUCCUCGCCGACGGACCCUCUAGGCGCGGACUUUGGCGCGGGAUUCUCCUCGCCCGGCGCGCUGAACCGCAUCAUGUCCCUCUACGCCUCAUCCUCGCGGCUCAGCAGCCUCUACGGCGGCGCCAACAAGAAACCCAAAUCCAAGCCGCCCGUGAUGCGCGAGGCCCUCACCGCCAGCGAGGGCCUGAAGGUCCCCGCGCCGGACGCGGAGGACACGCUCAUCAAGCGCAUGGUCGCGGACGACUGCGGCUGGGACGGGAUCGCGUCACUGGAACAGCGGCGCGCGCAGGCGCCCGACGCCCGGUUCGUGGAGGACCUGCUCCCGCUGCCGGUGCUGCUGCGCACCAAGCGCUCCAAACGCUGCAAGUCGUGCAAGCACAUCCUCGUCAAACCCGAGUUCAAGCCGCAGUCGACGCGGUUCCGCAUCCGCCUGAUUGCCCUGAGCUACAUCCCGCUGCCCACGCUGCGGCCGCUGGUCCCGGCCGGGCUGUCCGCGCCCGCCCCAAAUCUCGACGCCCUACCCCCACUGAAACCCGUGCAACUCCUCCUCACCCUGAAGAACCACAUGUUCGACCCCGUGCGCGUCACCCUGGCCACGCCAUCCGUCACGCCCGGCCGCGUGGCCUCCAAGGUCACCAUCCUGUGUCCGCAGUUCGACAUCGGCGCCAACAGCGACGUGUGGGACGAAGCGCUGCAGGGCGCCAACGCAUCCGGCGACCAGCGCCUCUCCCGCGCCGGCGGCCUGGGGGCGUACGAGAAGGUCGCCGAGGCCGGGAAGGUGUGGGACAAGGGCCGCAACUGGACCACCGUCGUUCUGGAGGUCGUCCCGGGUACGUUGCCGGGGGGUUCCACGGGGGCUACGGCGCGGAAGCGCGCACGACAGCCCGGCGGGGGUAGCACGGCGAGUGAACGUGGCGAGGACAGCAACGAUGACAGCGACGAGGACGAUGAUGAUGAGGACGAGCUCCCUGCGGCGCUGGACUGGAGCGGCCAGAGCCAGGAUCCGAAUCAGCAGUUGCAGCCGGACGAGGAUGUCCUGGAGAUCCCGGUCUUUGUGCGCAUGGAAUGGGACUCGGACAACCAGAUUGACCAGGAGCAGUCGCGGCAGACCUCCGACACGGUCAAGAGGGAGCUGGCCUACUGGAUGGUGCUGGGGGUGGGCCGAAUCACGCGCGAGAUUGUAUAG